AUGGAAAAAAAAGGAAGAAGCAAGGAAAAAGAAGCGAAGAAGUCAUGGGUUGUUAAGAGGUACUCAAAAACCCCGAGUUUGGUGGUGCGGUGGAAUCAAAGAGCGGAACGGCUGUUGUUUUUAGUUUUAUUUUUCGUUUUGUGUUGCAGCAAUGUUGCAGUGUCAUUCUCUCCUUUGUCAGUGUCGAUAUCCCUUUUUCACCUUUCUACUCUCUUGUAUCGGGAGAUGAGUACUGUGUUUCCCCUUCUUCGGGCAUUGGGAAAGGUAUCACAUUUUACAGAAGUACAGACAAGAGCAGUUGGAAAGGCACAGCAGAUAUUGUUCGGCUCCGUGGGUAGUAAUGCGCAAAAAUGCACCACAUCACAUGGCGAGGUCGCAGCUCUUCGCUGCCGGUAUCGAGUAUGCGAUGCCUUUGAGGUACCAAUGUCUUUUAUCGGGUCUUGUCAGGAACACGGCGACAAUAUGAUACUCGCGCACGUGCCGGGUCUUCCCGGUGCGUUCCCCGUUUCUACCGAAGAGUUGCAUCGUCACAAGUCUUUUUUCCUUAUUGAUAAUUCUCGUGAUGACUGGGGCAGCGCCACCGUUAACAAUGCAGACGACAUGCAGCUCAGCGAAUGUGUGCAACUGUCUCUGCUUUGUGUGAUGGAGGCGCUCGAAACUGAGGGUGGCGGGGCUUCCAUUCUCGAUAAGUUACUUUCGUUGGUGCGCCGCCGAGCUGCAUCGCUUCGUGGUUCAGAGUUGCUUUUGGCGACGGGGAGCCGUAUUAACGAGGGGGGAUUAGAGCUCUCAUUUCCGUACCACUGCGGUAAUAGUCACGCUUCGAAACGUUACUUUGACAUAUCACAGGAGGCAUGCACGCUUUUUGGACCCCAUGUCAAGCACGGAACCAAAAUGUUGUGCCGCUACGGCACCGCGGUGGUUGUGGGCGUGGCACCGGAGGAAUCAUUGGGGUGCCCUGUGCCGUUUUGGAAUCCGUUGGGUGCCCCCGCUGCCUGUUUAGCACCAGUCUUUAGUGGUUGCCCAGCCAUUCCCGUGGGUGAGGUGAAGUUGGAAUACAACGGACCUACGACGAGUUCCUCGCUUCUUGAUGCUGAGGACGCAUCCCGCUACCUAAACCCAACAGUUGACGGACGCUUCGAUGUGUCAUCAUGGUUGAAUGAAGGUCUCUUUGGGGUGAAAGUUGGGCAGCCAAUUGAGGAUGGUUGUGUUGCCCACGGUGUUUGUUAUGACUUAAACCUGUGCGAGUUUGUGUUGUUUGUUAGGGAAUUAUCCUCGGGUGAGGUUCGUCCCUCGUCGCACUGCCUUUUGAAGUAG